GGCGGGCCAUGCGUUAAAUGGUUGUACGUAAAAAAAUGGUUCAGAAGAUCGGGCCUUUUUUUAUGUACAAUUUUCAUUUAGACUUGUAAUGGAGAAGUCAAUCUCUCAGCUGCUGCGAGAGGCGGCCGCAGCUCUGGAACAAUCAACAUCAGUGUCUCCAUCGAGUGCUCCUUCACCUGCGAUGAUACGCACAACUGACGUUCAGGGUGCACGUAGUGAAGUGAGCAGGUUGUUUGCCCCAUAUGCACAAUCACGAGUGGGUAUACGGAAGAGGUCAUGCAGUUCAGCUCUGCCAGCAAAGAAACCGAAGACGAUAACAUACACCCACAGAUUUUUUUGCUUGCCUAAAAGAAGAGACUGUGAGAUUCCAAACCCAUCUGAGAAGCUGAAGCUGGAGAAAGCUGAUCUGGGGGGGGAAAAAAUUGUUUUCCCAGAUAAAUAUUGUCAGCCAGAGGAUUUUACAGAUUACCUCUAUAAACAGUUUCCGAAGCUCAGAGAUGCUGGAGGCUAUGAACUUCUUAAGACUCGAGGUGCUACCCGCUCAAAGUCAUUGGAGAUAAUCCCUUGUCCUGACGAAGGAUACUCGGCAGAGUACUUGAGCAGCAGUGCCCUUGGCAUAGGAGUUAGCAUGAUUUUCAUCAGACCUCUUCAGAAAGAUCUAAGCUUGGAGUACUCAGAGGGAAAAUCAGGACAAGGGCCACAAGUACCUUGUUUGUACUGCCAAGUAAAAAUUUAUGUUGCUGAAAUGCAGAAACAUGUCGACCAAUGUGAAAUAGUGGAAAGUUGAGCCAAACUUGUUUCGGGCAGCACUUCAAUACAGAAGGAGACUUUUGGAAAGGGCUGAAAGUUUAUCUGCUGAAAGUCUAACUGCAGGACUGAACCUAUGCAGCAGUACACAGGAAAGAGAAAGAGAAAUGUUUACUUUCUAUAAAUCUCAACCUGGCAACUGGGCUCGUCCAUUUUUCGUCAUACUAAGGGGCGAUGCAGCAAUUGGAGAUGGUGUGAAACGCUACUUUCUAUCCCAGGUUAUUUCACGUGUGCAGUUUGGGUUUGCCCUAGAUUUUGACAACUGUGGCAAAACUUUAUUUUUCAUCGGUCAAGAAGACCAUUUGGUGCCAUCAACCUCCCGAACUCUGCUGGAUAGUGACCUGUUCCGCAUUGUUGGACGCAUGAUUGGCCAUUCAUUCCUUAAUGGUGGUCCCUUAUUGACUGGACUUAGCCCUGCUAUGUUUGGAAUGAUAACUGGACAAAUGAACGAGACCAUCAUAAUUGAACUGGAAGAUUGCCCUGACACAGAUGUAAUUGACAUUGUCCAUCUGCUUCAAAGACCAAAUACACUUUCUGAUGAUGAGCGUGCAAAAGUGAAUGACCUGGCUGUCAGUUGGGAUCUGCCUCGGGUCACUGUGGAAAACAGACUGUGGCUAGCCCAAAGCCUUCUUCAUCAUGCUGUCAUUGGCCGGCGAGAGAAACAGAUGCAGCAGUUGAAAAAAGGACUGAAGGAUACUGGAGUUUUCCGCAUGGUCAAAGAACGACCUUCUCUCAUUGAAGUCCUAUUCCCACGCUCAUCUUCCCUGACAAUUGAUGCAGAGAUGAUCCUGGAAAAAGUAAUAUGGCCAAACCCUGACAGUGAUGAUGAGGAGAAUUUCAGUCUGGAAACAUGCUGCAGAAUCACAUCCUAUUUCCGGCAAUACAUUGAACAAGGUACACCACAAGAGCUGAAAAAUCUUGUCGAGUUUUGGGUUGGCUGGACAAGCCUACCACAGGAACUGUAUGUGGAAGUGUCACCUGACGUCAGAAUGCCAACUGCCUCAACAUGCAGGGAGACACUUAAAAUCCCACUGCAUUACAGUCAUUAUGAUGAAUUCACUGCUGAUUUAAAUGCAGCUGUGUCCAGCAACAGCUUUGGUUUUGGUUUAGUUUAAAAUGUAUUUCUUAAACCCUCAUGUUGUCUUUGGGGUCAUUAAAACCCUCAUUAAAAAAACAUUGCUGCCUUU